AUGUCUUCAGGAAAGACCGUCACCCUUAACUCUGGUCACAAGAUCCCGCAGUUGGGAUACGGUACCUGGCAAGCCGCUCCUGGCGAGGUUGGCAAUGGUGUCUACGAGGCGUUGAAGAUCGGAUACCGUCAUCUGGACCUCGCAAAGAUUUACGAGAACCAAAAGGAAGUUGCGCAGGGCAUCAAGCGUGCUUACAAGGAUGUUCCGGGUCUAAAGCGCGAGGACAUCUUCAUCACUGGAAAGCUGUGGAACACUCAGCACGAUCCCGAGAAGGUAGAGGAGGCUCUCGAUGACACUCUCGCCGAGCUUGAGCUCGAGUACCUCGACCUGUACCUCAUCCACUGGCCGGUUAACUUCGGACCGGGAAAGAGCCCUCACUCUGAACUCUUCCCAAUGACCUCCGACCCCAACGAGGUCAACAUCGACAACUCCGUUCCCAACAGUGAGACAUGGAAGGCCAUGAACAAGCUGCCAAAGAGCAAAGUCCGUUCCGUCGGUGUCUCCAACUUUACAUACCAGACCUUGAAGGCUCUCGUUGAGAAGACCGGCCUUGUCCCUGCUGUCAACCAGAUCGAGCGUCACCCUAUCCUCCCUAGCAAGGAGCUCGUCGCCUACGCCAAGGAGAAGAACAUCCACAUCACUGCCUACUCCGCUUUUGGCAACAACUUCUUUGACAUCCCGCUGCUCAUCCACCGCCCCGAGAUCAAGGCUAUUGCGGAGAAGAAGAGCGCAACGCCAGCGCAAGUCAUUCUCGCAUGGUCUCAAGUGGGUGGCCACUCCGUCAUUCCCAAGUCAGUCACUGCGUCUCGCAUUGCCGAGAACUUCAAGGAGAUCGAGCUCGACGAUGAAGACAUCAAGGCUAUCACCAAGUUCUCGGAUGAGCACCAGGGCAGGAGAAGGUACAACGUACCAUACACAGCCAACAAGCCCAGGUGGAGCAUCAACAUCUUCGACGAGCCGGAGGAGCAGGAGGCACCUAACAAGGUCGUCUUGUAG